AUGGGUAAAUUAUUACAAUUCUUACUUCAUCCAAAUGAAUUGAAAGCUGCAAUUCAAUUAAUGAAAUUUAGACAACCAUUACAUCCACGUAAUCCAUCACAAGAAUCAGAAACUUUGCAAAGAUGUUAUAUUCUUUUAAACAAAACAUCAAGAUCAUUUGCUGCUGUUAUUGAAGAAUUACAUCCUGAAUUAAGAGAUGCAAUUAUGAUUUUCUAUUUAGUUUUAAGAGCUUUAGAUACUAUUGAAGAUGAUAUGACUAUUGAUCCAGAAACUAAAGUACCAUUAUUAAGAUCAUUUGAUAAGAAAUUAAAUACUAAGGAUUGGACAUUUGAUGGAAAUGGUCCAAAUGAAAAAGAUAGAAUUGUUUUAGUUGAAUUUGAUAAGAUUUUAGGUAUUUAUCAUCAAUUAAAACCUCAAUAUCAAGAUGUUGUUAAAGAUAUUACUUAUAAAAUGGGUAAUGGUAUGGCUGAUUAUAUUUUGGAUGAGAAUUUUAACCUUAAUGGAGUUGAAACUGUUAAAGAUUAUGAUUUAUAUUGUCAUUAUGUUGCUGGAUUAGUUGGAGAAGGAUUAACUAAAUUAAUGUGUAUGGCAAAAUUUGCUGAUUCAAAUCUUACCCAAGAUAAUUUUGAAAGAUCAAAUUCAAUGGGAUUAUUUUUACAAAAAACUAAUAUUAUUAGAGAUUAUCAUGAAGAUUUAGAACAAGGUAGAUCUUUCUGGCCAAAAGAAAUUUGGUCUAAAUAUACUGAUUCAUUACCAAAUUUCCAUCAAAAACCAGAAUUAGAAUUUGAAGGAUUAAGUUGUAUUAAUGAUUUAGUAUUGAAUGCUUUAGGUCAUGUUAAAGAUUGUUUAGAAUAUUUAUCAAUGGUUAAAGAUUCAUCUACUUUUAGUUUCUGUGCAAUUCCUCAAGUAAUGGCAAUUGCAACAUUAGCUGAAGUUUAUAAUAAUCCAAAAGUUUUACAUGGUGUAGUAAAGAUUAGAAAAGGUACAACUUGUGAAUUAAUUUUAAAUAGUAGAACUUUCCCUGGAGUGGUUAAAAUCUUUAGAAAAUAUAUUCAAAUAAUUAAUCAUAAAUCUUCAGUUAAAGAUCCAAAUUAUUUGAAAAUUGGAAUUAAAUGUGGUGAAAUUGAACAAUUUUGUGAAGUUAUGUAUCCUUCAACCGUACCUAAAGGUGCUAAGAUUCAAGAACAACCAAUUAAUCAAGUUAUAAAAUCAAGAACCGCAAUUGAUGAAUCUAUGCAAAAACGUAUUGAAGAAGAAGCUUUUAAUACUAAUCUUGUACUUACUUUUAUAUUAUUAGCAAUUGUGGGAACUAGUUAUCCACUUUUGACAAAGUUGGUUUGA